AUGGAAGAAAUUAUGAUUAACAAGUAUUGUAAGGACGAAGAUCAGAGGAAAGCUUGGAAACAUAAAUUGUCCUUAAUAAAGCACCAAUUUAAAACUAGGUGGCUAGCAGCACACAAAAAAAAAGAUAUUUUUGAAAAAAAUAACAGAAAUUGGCUUAAUGGCAUGACGUCAUUACCAUUACCGAUGCCAAAAUCAAGUGAUAGAAGCAAGAGACGAAAGACAGAAGAACUUCGCUUUCAUGAUGUAGAAGAACUGACUUAUGCCACUCAUAUGAAAUUACGCGCUUCAGGUAAAGUAGCCGCAUCAAACGUGGUAAAAGAUCUUACCAAAAGCCCAACUCGAGCGCAAAAAUACAGAGUAGCAAUUAAAACCAGUAAUAAAGAUGAAUCUUGUCAACUCUCUACUUUAGAGGCAUUAUCUAUGUUUGUAGAAGCGGGUCUAACAAGAACCCAAUAUGAAAUAAUCAGAUCAACCAAUAAAAAAAUGUUUCCUUGCUAUACCAUUCUUCAGAAAGCUAAAAAGAAUUGCUAUCCAAUUAAAGAAUCAUAUAGGAUUACUGCUACAUCUGCGGAAAUAAAUUUGCAAGAUUUACUAAAUCAUACUACAUCCAGAUUAAUUUUGUAUUUAAAAGAAGUUGUGGAUACAUUAAAUAAAAAGGACAAACAACAAAUGCAAUUAAUUUGCAAAUGGGGAUGCGAUGGCUCACAGCAAGUACAGUAUAAGCAGAAAUUUGAAAAUGAGACUGACUCUGAUGCCAACAUUUUUCAGAGUUCUUUGGUGCCAUUACAAUUAGUGUGCGGAAAAAAGAAAGUAGUUGUUUGGCAAAAUCCAUCUCCAUCAUCGCCGCGGUAUUGCAGACCUAUUAGAAUAAGAUUCCUACACGAGUCUGUUGCUGUUACCAACGAAGAAAUUAAUUAUAUUAACCACAAAAUUAAUUCACUUGAGGCCACCGAAUUUCAAGGUACAAAAACAAAACAUACUAUGCUGUUUACUAUGGUAGAUGGUAAAGUAUGUAAUGCAGCAACGCUCACGACAUCGACAAUGAAAUGUUAUAUAUGUGGUGCUACAUCGAAAGAGUUUAACGAUCUUUCAAAGACAAGGGAUGUCAAAGAGGAAUCGAUGCAUUUUGGCCUUUCAAUUCUUCAUGCACGAAUACGUUUUUUUGAAAAUGUUCUUCAUUUAUCAUACAAACUACCUGUAGAAAAAUGGCAAGUGAGAAAUCAAUCAGAAAAAGAAAUUGUUAAACAAAGGAAGCAAGUUAUACAGGAAAGAUUUAGAAAAGAAAUGGGAUUGAUUGUGGAUGUUCCGAAAGCCAACUUCGGAAAUACAAAUGAUGGCAACACCAGCAGACGAUUUUUCGCAGACCAUGAACUAUCUGCCUCAAUUACUGGAAUAGAUGUCAAUUUAAUUUUUAGAUUAAAAAUAAUAUUAGAAGUUCUUUCGAGUGGUCUUAAUAUAAAUGUACCACAAUUUGAAACAUAUGCUAGAGAAACUGAAGAGUUAUAUGUGCAGUUUUAUAAGUGGCAUCCCAUGUCCCCGACUUUACAUAAAAUACUACGACACGGGUCUGUAGUGAUUUCAUCGGCUCUUCUUCCUAUUGGCCUUCUCUCGGAAGAGGCCGCCGAAGCCCGAAAUAAACAUUUCAGAGCAUAUAGAUUAAAUUACUCCAGAAAAUUUUCACGAGAAAACUGUAAUUUAGAUGUUAUAAAUAGAUUACUUUUGACAUCAGAUCCUCUUAUCACAAGUAUGAGACAAAAGCCCAAGAAAAGGAUGAAGUCAUUUCACACGCAAGCAUUAAAUUUAUUAAUGCCUUCCGAGCCGCCAAGUAGUUACACAUCUGAAACAGACAGUAACACCAGCAAUAGUGAAGAUGAGACAGAAUAA